AUGAGGCGCCGCUGCCUUUCCCUCCCCCUCCUCCUCCCCCUCCUCCUCCCCCCUCUCCUCCUCGCCGCCUACAUCCUCCUCGUGGGAGAAUGGCAGGUCACUCGAAGAGGGGCGGUGGGGCUCCUACAAGCCAAGGGAGGGCAAAAGCUGCACUCCGACAGCUACGAUCUUCUGCCCUCAUACAACAGGAUGAGACCAGAUGAUGAAGACGAGCAUCUUCGGCACACGCCGGGAGAAUGGGGCUACUGGGACGGAGAGAACGACGGAUGGAGGGACGGGUGGGAGAAGCGAAGGAAAGCCUUCUCGCCGCUCGAUCCCGACAAGUAUGUGGAUGAGAAGGGAGACCUCAAGGACGGAGGAGGUUGGAAAGCCUACGCUGAUGACAUCAAUGGUGGGCCCAAUGACAAGGGCUCGUACCAACGAAAGGGAAUGGCAGAGGAGACGGAUCCCGACACCGGCAUUCCUCGAGGUCACGAGUGGGACCUUUACCACGGCAUGACUGAGACGCCUCCUGACUUCAACGAUCGGCCUGCAAAGGUCGCGCCCUGGUGCGACUCUGUCCUCGGAUGCCUGCCUCCAUACGCCCCCACAGGCAGCCCGCACAAUGGAUUUCGGGAGCCCGGAGCUCUACAGUGGUCUUGGCCGUAUGACUCUCAGCGCGAAGUCCAGUACAAAUCAAAGAAUUCAACGAGUCUGACAGAUGCUGAGGCUCAGGAUUUGAUGAAGCGAGUGGUGGCGAUGAACAGGCAGAGCGCGUUGAUGAAUGAAACGGCAGACAUUCCCGUCAGCUCAAACCUGCCAGGGAGGAAAAAAUCAACAGAGAGCGGGGGCAUGGAGAGGCAGAGGCUUCCGCAAAAGAAGAUCAUCCAGAGCUUGGGAGGGAAGAAGGAAGGCUUCACCAUGCGCCUGUACGACUUCGUCUCUGAAUGUGAGCGAGGCCCCGGCGCUGAGCAACUCUGCCCCCUGAACUCGAUGCCGGACGACGUGGAUGGCUUGCCCUUCCUGGGGGAGGCUGUGGUUCCUGACAUCAACUUCAACGGCUUUGAGUCCUUCCGCUCCUUCAUCCCCCAAGCGACUGAGUCCUUCCUGGCCGUCUGGUGGGGGGUGCUGCCCAUCGAGCUCUUCGACCGGUACACGUUCUGUACUGAGGGCGGCUCGGACGGCAUCAGAGUCUUCGUGGACGGCAGGCUGGUCACCAACAAUGACGGGCGGGGGCUUCGGACGAGAGCAUGCGGGAGUCUGAACCUGCUGGCGGGCCAUCACUACAUCCGCGUCGACGCCUUCGCUACUCGCCGCGACAUCUGGCGGUGGGGCGUCCAGAAGCGAGUGACCUACUACGGGGCCCGGACUGUCACCUCCGAGACUCAGCUGAAGAGCGUGGACGCGACUCCGUUAGCCGUGAUGCCUCAGACAGGCUUGGAAGGCUUCGGAGAUGUCACGCCUGGUUAUCACCUCAUCGUCUACACCUUCUACCCGGCUCUCAGCCCUCCCACCACCUUCCCGAACCUCCUCGAGCACAGCCCCUUCGCUCAUGCUCUCAUGGAGAAGCUGGAGGUGAGCUGGAGCGACAUUGUAGGCAAGUGUGACGACACGCUGUUUCCGGACGUCGGCUCCGUCGCGUUCAGUCUGGCGGGUCGGUUCAAGAUCACCUACCAGGGCCAGUACACCUUCUGCCUGCAGUCAGUCGAUGGCUCGCGGCUGCACGUGGACGGAGAGUUCUUGAUCGAGUCUGACGGCUCGUCGCCGGUCGACACCUGCAAGGAGGUCCCGCUGCGGCAGGGGGUUCACACCAUCCACACCGACACCUUCAAGAAGCAGGCCCCCGCCGGCGCGAGAGUGAAAGUGACGUACAGCGGGCGAGACACUAACUUCCAGAAGAAGCUGGUCGACAGCUUCGACGCGCGCUACAACGCCGGCCAGCCCGCGCCCACCAACACCAAGGCAGGGUUCCGGAUGUUCAUCUUCAAGACUCAUCCUGGUUCUCCUGCUGGGAUGGGAUGGCAGGACCCUGAAAUGGGGCAAGUCUGCACACCCCCGGACCCCCGAAACAACCAGGUGGGACCCCUCGGACACGCUGCGGUCUACGCCCCUCCCUUGUACUGCGAGUUCUCCUUCGCCUUCGACCUUACCAAGGCGCCGCCGCCAGGGCUGCCCAACUACUGCUGCUACACUCCCCCUUGGCUUACCUCCUCGGCCCCCGUCUCUGAGUCCAUUGUGCCGGCGAUCAACUUCGGGUCAGUGGCUGACCUCAAGGUCUACAACCCCAAGCAGACGGGCAACCAGUUCGGCUGGAAGAUCUACGGGAACUUCGUCGCCCACGAGUCUCGCUUGUACUCCAUUUGCAUCUUCGCCUCCUCUGGCGCGCGGCUGUGGAUCGGAACUUCUGUGUGGGAGAACCCGAAGCAUCCGACCAUCAACUUUGAUGGGCUCAAACUCUCACCCUACUACAGAUGCGAGAACGUCUGGCUCGUUGAAGGAAUCUACCCUGUCGUCGUCGACGGCUUUCAGAACAUGGGCGCGUUUUCGCUCACGGUGACCGUGGACGGGUCUCUGAUGACUUCAGUGGAUGCGGGGAAACCUGUCAACUCCGAGAUCAAACCCAAGAUGAAGCAGACAGCUCCUGCAGUCCUGCAUGCCACCGAGCAAAGAAGAGACGAGGGGCAGGAAGAAGAUGCAGCAGCACGACAGGAGCUGAGGCGGCAGCUGGAGCUGGAGGAGCGUCGGUCAAGACUUAUCAGACAGCAGCUGGGCAGCAAGGUGCAAGCGGAGGAGAGAAGGGAUCAAGGAGCUCGCGCGGUCUCUCGAGGCGUCCUUGAUGUUCUUCGGCAUAGGAUGAAGCUUGUUCGCCUCGCGUCCUUGAAGGCGAGGAAGCGCUUCCUGCUACAGCAGUGCAAGACCAAGAGAGACGCGGAUCAGAAGGCUUGCAGCGAGUGCGUGCUCUCCUCCUCCUCGAGCUCCUCGUGCCUCGAGGAAGCGCAAACCCAACAGCUCGCGAUGAUAGACGAGGAUCAGGACAAGGGGGCCAGCAAGCCUGAGGCCUCACACGUUCACGGUAGCAAGAAGGCAACAGAGAGUGAGCAUGGGAGAGUUGGCCGAAGCCACAAGGGAGCGAUCCCGGUACAAGGAGGCUGGAAGAUCAUGCAGAGAGACCUGAGGCAAAGAGGCCGAAAGCCCCUCAAGGUCUCCCAGCUCUAUCGCGGGCCCAACUCAGAUGUGAAGACUGCUCCUCACAACAAGGCGGGGCCACGAGGGUGGGAAGGAGGCGGUUCUGGAAACUGGCGAUACUACGACCACACAGACGCCAAGGUGCGGACGGAAAUCGACGAGCACACCAAGGUGGACCCUCCUGGCGUUCCCUACUGGAAGAAUUGGAUCUGGGACAGGGAGCAUCAUCACUCCAUCGACAAGGACUGGUACGGCGAGCUGACUCACGACAAGGACGGCAACCGCAAGCUUGAACCUUCCUUCUACUACGAUGGUGUAGUGGGUGCGACGCCAUGGGGGGGCGAAACGACGCGCAAGAUCUGGGGAAAGGAAGUGAAGACGAACGUGGACGGCUUGCAGGACCCACAGCACAUUGGAAGUGUUGGGAUCGACGACGAGGGCUGGGCGCGAGCUCGAAGAGACUUGACGGUCCACUAUCGCACAGACUUCUACCCUGCAUUUGACAAGCUCCAUCCUGACUACCGGCGGCUGCGGGAUGGGCACGGAAAAGUUCGGUAUCAGGGGGAGCUGAUCCCGCCCGCUGGAGAGAGACUGGGCCACUUCGGAGACUCGAUGCUGCUGCCUGGGUCUUGGCUGGCGUCAGAGGAUUACUUCUCGAGCUUCAUCGACUCUGUGGGAGGAGAGUACCGCUUGAUCAUGCAGGCCGACGGGAACGCAGUCGUCUACCACAUGCAUGGCGCACAAAAGCUGUCAUCUUCACGCCAGGCCGGCAGCAAGGUGUGGGAGAGCGGGUCUGCAAGGAGAGGCACUCCUCCCUACAGGCUCUACUUGAAGGGACAGAAUGUGCUUGUGAUCUACGACAAGCACAAGUCAGAGGUUUGGAGCAGCGGAUCGUCGGGGCAGGAGCGCGAGAACUCUGUCAAAGUGAGCGGGGAAGGGAAAGGGAUGGGAGACACGUUCACGAGGGGGGGCUUGAAAAUGCAUCAAGACGGGGCACUGGUCCUCAGAGAUCAGUUCGGGAACGAAGUUUGGCGAGCUGGCAUUCACACCAGUCAACGGCAUUACACGUAG